UCCCUUUUUACUUUGCAUAGGGGAAGGGUGGAGGUUUUACUUUUAGGAACCAACUAUAGCAUACGUCAUGGUUAGUUUCAAUCCAAAAUUCUACAUUGUGGAUGCUAUCAUCAAGGAAAGAUAUCUGGUCGAGGAAUGAACAUAGACAACUAUAUCCUUCAAACUUCUGAAUUCUGAUAUUUUUAUAUCCUAUGAUGUUUUGUAGCAUCAGUACCAUUUUCACCUAUUAAUAGCCUCAUAUAUUUCAUGUAUCACACACUUUUUUGUGUAGUGUUUAAAGCAUUGGUUUUUGGAGUCUAUUAAAUACUUUUCAAAUUCUUUGUGAUGCAGGAGUUCUUCAAUUUGUCAAGAAUCCCUGAAAAGUAACCCAUUUGGUGAAUCUACUUUCAGACAAAUGAAAAAAUCUUUAUAUACGAAUAUUCCUCCUUCGUAUGUGGAAUUCAUGGAAAACCUAGUAGUUGAGAAACUUGGACUUGAAUAUGUGCAAGAGAAAGAAUUACACUAUUUAACGGAUGAGGAGAUUAAAGGAAUUAAAGAUCUUGUUGGUUCUGCCAUUUUGGACCCAGAUGUUAAGGGUGGCUUGAGAUGGCCCUUUGGCAAGGAUUAUGAUGUUAUACGUGUUGAUCACACAAUUGCAAAAUCAUAUAGAAAUCAGCCGAUUAGGUUUAAGCUUCGACAUGCAGAUCGAUUUGAUUUCACAUUUUCAACUGGUCAGGUUGCUCGGGAGAUUUUCCUGAAAAUGCCUGGAAUCAUAUCCCAGUUGCGGCAGAAGAAAACGUGGUGUUUAAAAUGUUAGAAGAGAACUUGAAGUUGAUCUGGAAUUACUGCUUGUUAGAUGGUUCUUCGAGCUGACCAUGCACGGUGGCCCUUCACUUUCUUUUUGCAAAUAUCUGCAGAAACCGAUAGACAUAGACGUAUCUUUCACAAGUUAUGUACGGCUGGUGAAGGCAAUUUUGGCAUUUGGAUUUUGCAGUGGUGGAACGUACAAGAUGUAGAUUGUUGAAUUAGAACCCAAAAUGUUGAAAUGUUAUUGCACUAUAUAUGUAGUUUUGACAUGGAACGCAGUUGUUAGAGGUAAUGCAUAGAACAUCUUAGUUGAUCAA